UGGUGUUGAAGGCCGACUCUUCUGGCGACUGAGACCUCCGCCACGACGGCUGAGACUCUCGAAGGCGUGGCGGAGUGCGGUCUGACCGAAGGGUUUCUGGUCAGCCCAGGUUCUUUCAUGAUGAAUGGAUCCAGUGUGGCCAAUACAUCGCCCAAGGUACAAUCCAAAGAGGACCAGGGGAUGAAUCUGCAUGAUGAGAAGGAAAACCCAUUUGCAGAGUACAUGUGGAUGGAGAAUGAGGAGGAUUUCAAUAGACAGGUGGAGGAAGAGCUGCAGGAGCAGGACUUCUUGGACCGUUGCUUCCAGGAGAUGCUGGAUGAGGAAGAACAGGACUGGUUCAUUCCAUCACGAGACCUGCCUCAGGUCAUGGGGCAGUUGCAGCAGCAGUUAAAUAGUCUUUCAGUUGGCGACAGUCAUGAAUCUGAAGACAUUUUGAGCAAAAGUAACCUGAACCCAGAUGCCAAGGAGUUUAUUCCAGGAGUGAAGUACUGAACUGACACAAAACUUAAGAAGGACCUGUAUGUCCCCAAAGCUGGGGACUGUGCUGCACAAAAAGGAGGAGCUGAA